AUGCAUGCCGGCGAGAGCGCUGUCUGUACACUGAGCGAAGCCCAACUGUUCGAAUGGCCAGUUAACUCAUUGAUUUUCAUGGAAAUGCGCCGCCUUACUUCUUCGUUGUCCCCAGCGGGUGUGUCGGCUGCUUGUCGCCUCCUAUUUCCGCGGGCUUCUCCGGCCUUAUCGGGUUUAGUACCACAGCACCGCGCGAGUUUCAGCAGCAAUGCCGGCGGCACAAAUCUUACUUUUCGCAUCCACCGAUAUGAUCCAGAGAAGGGCGGGCGUCCUCACAUGCAGGAGUACACGCUCGAUACUUCCACCUGUGGCCCGAUGGUCCUGGACGCCCUCAUUGCUAUAAAGGACAGACAGGACCCUACCCUCACUUUUCGCAGGAGCUGCCGCGAGGGAAUUUGCGGCUCCUGUGCCAUGAACAUAGACGGCAUAAAUUGCCUCGCUUGCCUCACGCCCAUACAGAAGACCCACCGCUCCACCCACAGAAGCCCUAAGAUCCAGGGCGGCACUCUGGGCGCCGCUUUUGGCGCCAUUGAAAAGAGCUUGGAGGCCCAGGACCAGAUGAAGGGGCCCAGCACUGAGGAGUAUCACGACCACUUCGAAAAGGAUGAUGACAGCGCCCCAGUUGAAAUUGUCCCGCUGCCGUACUUAAUGGUGCUGAAGGAUUUGGUGCCCGAUCUCACCAACUUCUACACGCAGUACAAGUCCAUCCAGCCCUGGCUGCAGAGGAAGACAGAACCGAAGGAAGGCUCUGAGAUUCUGCAGUCAAUUGAAGACCGCGCGAAACUCGAUGGGCUGUAUGAAUGCAUCUUGUGCGCGUGUUGUUCAACUUCGUGCCCUUCUUACUGGUGGAACCCUCAGUCUUAUCUUGGCCCUGCUGUGCUGAUGCAGGCUUUCAGGUGGAUAAGCGACAGUCGCGAUGAAUUCACUCGCGAACGUCUCGCACAAAUCAACGACACGAUGAAACUGUACAGGUGCCACGGCAUUAUGAAUUGCUCCAUUUCGUGCCCGAAAGGUUUGGAUCCGGCGGGAGCCAUUAGAAAGAUGAAAAAGCGAAUUGAGGAGGAGUUCGGCACAGACUUUGUCAAACUCGCAGCCCAAGCCGCCCGUUCACGUUCUGCGGAGUUGGCCAAAGAACUCAAGAUCGACUCUCAGCCGUGA